UUUGUAUUAGUAUUGAUAAGUUUGUUAUAAAUUUUCAUCUGUAAAAAUGAACACAAUCGAAAUUGAGGAAAGUAUUAUUCACUGGGGUAACCUCCAUCUGGAUAGUAACUGCUACUUUAAGGUAGAAGAUAUGCUGGACGGAAAGUUCUUCAACUCCCUCUUAAUGAAAGAUGGGUGUUGUCCCAUUGAUGAUGAGAACCAUUUUGGAUUUUCCUACGGAGAUCUCGAAAAUACAAUGAAUAUUAUAUAAACAGCUUUUACACAGACUAUGACAAUAUUUUGAACCAUAAUGACUAUAGAGAUAUCCUCCAAAAUGAUGUCCUGUGAACAGAAGAUCACGUCUUGUUCAUCAUGGAGCUAAUAAUCGGAAUUCUUAUCAAAUAAAGCCAGUAAUGGAAAUUGGGUUAACGAGAUUAGCAGUCUUGAUGAGAACAAACAGCAAGCAAUAGCUAAUCUUUAUAAUAAGAUCAGUGAGCUGAUCGAGCAGAAGUCAGAGGACUCCUCUCUGAACUCUCUUCAAAAUAGUCGAGAAUUUAUGGCUCUCCAGAAGAAGAAUGCUGAGUUUAAGGAAAUAAUUUUCAAAUUUGAAGAAGAUAAUAACAAAUUGGAAGCCCAAGUUAAACUUUUGCAAAAGCAGUUAGAAGAAAGUAAAUAAAGAAAAUGAAGAAAUUUAUAAUAAGUAUGAAACAGCUAAUAAGAAAAAGGAUUAUGAUGCCUUGAAAGCAGAGUGAAAUACCCUAGAGACACUACUCGACAACAAAGAAAGAGAGAACAAGGCAUUAAAGAUUCAGUGCCAAAAUGAAAUCGAACGGAUUAAUGACAAAAAUGAGGAAUACCGCCAAGAACUAGAAGUUCUUAAAGAGAGUAUGUUCAGAGCAAAGCAGGAAAUUAAGGCGCUCUCAAUUUACAAACGGAGGGUCGCCCGGAUGGAAGAGGUUGACAAGAUUAAUAUUGACCUGAAGAACAACAUAUCCCAGCUAAAAGACGAGCUAAAGGAGAAGGAUAAAUCAAUAAAGCAGAGAGAGCUAGAGAUUACCUCACUCACUUCGAAAUUAGGCCACAAGGGUGAAGAAAUUAGCCAGCUAAAGGAUAAUGUGGUAGAAGUUGAAGCUGAAGUCCAGAAAUACAAGAACAUUCGAAUCGACCUCAUGUCACAGAUCGAGAAACUUAGCACAGAGCUUGAAAGAGUUAACGAAGAGUUAGAUGAAAGAAACAGAAGACUUGAAUAUGCUGAAAAUAUGAACUUUAACGAAUACUCCGAUGACGGACUGAAUUUUGAUUUAAGCGAGAGAAUCAAGAAUUUAGAAGAAGAGAAAGAUGAACUUAUUAACAAACAGAAUCAUGAAGAUAAUAUAGUAGUGAAGACUCUUGAGUCAAAAGUAGAGAAGCUUGAAAAUGAUAAGAAGCAAUUACUCCAGCAAAGAAAACGGGAUAUAGUAAAAUAUGACAGAUAUGAGCAAGAGAGAGAAGCUAAGGAGCUCAUCAGCAAGAAAAUAAAGAUACUUGAGAAGGAAAGAAACAUUGCAAAUAUGGAAAAGAAGAAGCUUAGUGAUAGAAUUAGCAAUUUUUACAAGGAAAUUUCAAGAUUGAAGAACUUCGAAAAUGAGAACAAGUCUUUAAAACGAGAUAAGACCGAAUUACUGGAAGAGUUACAGAAAGCAUCCAAAGAAAAUCAUAAUUUGCAGAAGAAGAUUAUCAUGUUGCAUGAGAAAAGUCGGUUUGGGAAUGAACUUAACAUUGAAUCUGAUCAAGAAUCUCCGAUCUGUGAAGAGAGCCAGAUUCUCCAAAAUUCGAAGAUCUAUUCAAACUCUAAAGACAGGAGUAUUAUGGACUUGAGCUUUAAUAAGUCUGGAGAGUACUACGAGGAAGAUUUUUCACCUGCUAAUUCAAAAUCAAUGGUGAUUGGUCGGAAAUUAGACAGAAGCAAGUAUCUAACUGCAAAUCCGCGGUUAAAUGAGACAAUGAUCAGUGAUAGAAGCACCAAUAGAUUUCAAAAGAAAAUUCUUCUGGAUAAAGAUAGAGAGAUCGAUAGUAAGAACAAAGAAAUAGAAGACGUCACUAAAAAGUAUGAGGAAAAAAUCAGAGAGCUUAACAAGAGUAGAAAUGAUGAGAGGGAAAAAUACGAAACUAAGCUACAAGGGCUUGGAAAAUCAUUCAAAACUUUGACUACAAGAAAUAAAGGAAGAAACCUUAAAGCCAGAGCGAAGACUCCUAUAGUAUCCCUCGAUCAGUUCAUUCCAGAUAAGAAGAAGGAGAUGAUCCUUGGAGAUAUCGAUGACAUUGAGGAUGAAAAUAGUGAUUCUGAUGAGGGUGAAAAUAAACAGAUUUUUGAAAAAUUCGAUCAAUUCCACAAGAACUUCGAAACAUUAAGGAAAUCACUUGCGAAUGAAAUUAACGAUAAUGAGAAAGAUUCGAAAACUGUGAGCAACAUGAUGAACAAUUUCAUGGAUGAUGACUUGAACUACCACUACCCCAUGACAACUAAGUCAACUUGAAGUAAUGAUUAUUCAGACAUUGACGCAUUCCUUUCAAAUAAAGACUGGACGCAAGGGAAUAAUUAUUAAA